GACCUCUUAUCACCUUGUGGAUUGUUUGUUUACCCAACCAUUACCCACUUCUGGCGGGGAGGUGGCCGCUGCCUUUGAUCUCAGCUUCCCAGAUCCUCCUCCAGCCCCAGUGUUUGCCUAGUGCUGCAGGAGAGAGCUAGAGGGAGGGCUCUCCGGGCGUCCCGGGCACCUGGCCAGAGCUUUGCCUAGAUCACUCCUCCCGCCAAGAGAUCCUGACUUACCCCUUCCGUCUCAGAAGGAGAAGCUGAGUCUCUGGACUUUGCUUAGAAGGGAGGACACACUCUGGGUGCCUCUUGGGAGCCAGGAGGCAGCUUGGGUAACUAGACUGGCCGGAGGUCAAGGGGCAGGCUUCCCUCUUUUGCAGAGUGGCCUUUGCCCCAGGGGGUGGAACCGAUAGCCGCCUGGCUUGGCCAAUGAACAGGUUUGGAGAAGGGACGAGGGGAGGAGUGGGCGGGGCCGCUUCCCUCUACUUUCCCGCCCCCAGCUUCUCCCUUACAGGCGACGAGGACUCGAGAUCUUCGCUCUGGAGGCGGUUCAGGUCGACUGUCUCCGCCUCUUCCCUGGCACCUGCUGCCAGGCCGAAAAGGACAAAAACAAUCCCGGCCGGCGUCGAGUUUCAGGGAGUCCCCGCCCCUAGGGUGCUUCCUCCUCCCAGGCCCCUUUCCAGGCCCCGCCUCCACCUGCACAACAAAUUUUAGUUUCCUUGGGCCAGAAGCGGGUACACACAGGGCUGCUCACGCUCCCCCGCCCCCCACUUCUACCUCCGACGUGGGGACACCCUGCUACCACCUGUAGAGAAGAGGGAGUGGAUUUGCAGCCAAGUCCAGGUCCCUAAGGUCCCUAGACUGAGCCGGAUUUCGGACCCUGAGUCCCACGACUCCUGCUGAGGCUUCUCCAGGUAAGGGGACCGAGAUCGAUCCCAGAUGACAACCUGCUCUCGCCCCCCAGACGCGCCGGGGCCCCAGGCUGUGCUGGUCUCAGGGCCACGGGCUGGCUGGCUGCCCAGAUGCCAUGGAGCUGGGCCUGUCCCCACCGCAUCACAGCAGCUCCCCAGAAGACCUGUACCCCGCCCCGGGGACCCCUCCGGGGACUCCCCCGCCGCCCGACACCCCCCUUCCUGGGGAGGUGAAGAGGUCCCAGCCUUUGUCCAUCCCGACCAGCAGGAAACUUCGAGAGGAGGAGCUGCGGACAACCUCUCUACCCUCCAUCCCCAACCCUUUCCCUGAGCUGUGCAGUCCUCCUUCACAAACCCCCAUUACUGGGGGACUCUCCAGUGCCAGGGGGCUGCUCCCUCGAGACACCAGCUGCCCCCAUGUAGUAAAAGUGUAUAGCGAAGACGGGGCCUGCCGGUCCGUGGAGGUGGCGGCGGGUGCCACCGCACGCUACGUGUGUGAAAUGCUGGUGCAGCGAGCUCACGCCCUCAGUGAUGAGAACUGGGGGCUGGUGGAGUGCCACCCCCACCUCGCACUGGAGCGGGUCUUGGAGGACCAUGAGUCCGUAGUGGAAGUACAAGCUGCAUGGCCAAUCGGCGGAGACAGCCGCUUUGUCUUCCGGAAGAACUUCGCCAAGUAUGAACUGUUCAAGAGCUCCCCACACUCCCUGUUCCCAGAGAAGAUGGUCUCCAGCUGUCUGGAUGCACCGACGGGCUUAUCGCAUGAAGACCUCAUCCAGAACUUCCUGAAUGCGGGCAGCUUCCCGGAGAUCCAGGGCUUCCUGCAGCUGCGGGGCUCAGGACGGAAGCUUUGGAAGCGCUUCUUCUGCUUCCUGCGCCGGUCUGGCCUCUAUUACUCCACCAAGGGCACCUCCAAGGACCCGAGGCACCUGCAGUACUUAGCAGAUGUAAACGAGUCCAAUGCGUAUGUGGUGACUCAGGGCCGCAAGCUGUACGGGAUGCCCACGGACUUCGGCUUCUGUAUCAAGCUUCCUUCCCCGCAGCCGAACAAGCUUCGCAAUGGCCACAAGGGGCUGCGCAUCUUCUGCAGUGAGGACGAGCAGAGCCGCACCUGCUGGUUAUCCGCCUUCCGCCUCUUCAAGUAUGGGGUGCAGCUGUAUAAGAAUUAUCAGCAGGCACAGUCUCGCCACCUGCGCCCGUCCUGUAUGGGGUCCCCACCCCUGAGGAGUGUCUCGGAUAACACCCUGGUGGCCAUGGACUUCUCCGGCCACACGGGGCGCAUCAUCGAGAACCCGCAGGAGGCUCUGAGCGUCGCCCUGGAGGAGGCCCACGCCUGGCGGAAGAAGACGAACCACCGUUUCAGCCUGCCCACCCCGUGCUCCAGCACCAGCCUCAGUGCAGCCAUCCAUCGAACCCAACCCUGGUUCCACGGACGGAUUUCCCGCGAGGACAGCCAGCGGCUCAUCUCCCAGCAAGGCCUGGUAGACGGACUGUUCCUGGUGCGGGACAGCCAGCGGAACCCGCAGGGCUUUGUCCUGUCUCUGUGCCAUCUGCAGAAAGUCAAGCAUUAUCUGAUCCUGCCGAGCGAGGAGGAGGGCCGCCUCUACUUCAGCAUGGACGAGGGCCAGACGCGCUUCACCGACCUGCUGCAGCUCGUGGAGUUCCACCAGCUGAACCGCGGCAUCCUGCCCUGCCUGCUGCGCCACUGCUGCACCCGCGUGGCCCUCUGACCGGGCGGCAGCAGGCCCGUGUCUCCGCCCCGGGCUCCUAGGGUGGACUCGGAGGGUCAGAGGGCAGGGACAGGAUCGAGAACAAGUGGAAGGCUCCCCCCAGUCCAGUUUUCUCCCCUGCUCCUUUGCUUCACUGAGGCAGUAAGUGGUCCCCCUCCCCCUCCCCCCAGUUCACCCUUAAUCCCUCUUCUCAAGGGAAGGCACUUGGGGUGGCCCUCUCCCCUUCAGGGAGCUCCUUUCUGGGCACUACUCUGGGGCAAGGCAUUAUGGGAGAAAUGGGGGUAGCCCAGGUGGUCUGAUGCCCCACACGUUGUACAGACUGAGGCCAGUUGAUCUGCUCUGUUUUAUACUCCUUACAAUAAAGGUUAUUUUUGGAUACA